GGAUGCCUAAAUAAAAAAUAAAAAAAUAAAAAAUACCGCCACCAAUGGGAAAUGAUUUGUUACUGUGGCGCUUCAUAUGAUCGCUACCAUCGCUACGGAUUCAAGAUGGACCCGCCCUUAUCGUAGUUUGUACCGAUAAUGAUAUAAACUUUAAAUCCUGUGCACAACCUAGGAUACCUAGGCAAAGAACCAAAGACACGUUAGCGAAUAAGUAUUAGGUGCUAGGAGUCGGAACGUUGGUCAUAUAACGUACGUACCGGGUACUACAGAUGGCUGAUCAGGUUGCUGUGAGGCACCCACAGUUUGGGACAAAGAAGAAGGUUGCGUACGCAGUUGGUCAUGUCCUGAAUGACCUGUGUGCUUCUAUGUGGUUCAGCUACCUGCUGGUGUUUUUCCAUUCUGUAAUUGGGAUGAACAAUGUAAUGGCAGGAAACCUGAUGUUAGUGGGACAGGCUGCAGAUGCACUGUCAACUCCAUUUGUUGGUUUAGAAGCUGAUGGCAACUACAUUAGGUGUGGCUAUGGGAAACGCAAAACAUGGCACUUGAUAGGCACUGUGUGUGUUGUGGCCAGCUUCCCGUUUCUCUUCAUCAUGGCACCAGGAUACCCUAACAUCAGCCACAUAGCUAUGUUUGUCUACUAUGCACCAUUAAUAGUGGUCUUCCAGUUUGGUUGGGCAGCUACUCAAGUAUCUCAUCUUUCUCUCAUUCCUGACUUGGUGAGCGAUGCAAGUCACAGGGUAGAGUUGACUUCGUGGAGGUAUUCUGCUACUGUUUGUGCUAAUGUCGUUGUCUAUGCUGGAACAUGGUUGAUGUUAGAUUUUGAUGAGACAGGGAAUGCUGCUUCCAUAGGAAUUGGUGACCAGUUUGUGUUUCGGAACAUGGCUCUGUUUGUGGUCGGAGUUGGCCUCGUACAUUCCAUCAUAUUCCAUAUUGGGACAAAAGAGGAGCCAUCUGAAGUAUCGACCAGUCUUAGUCAAUGUAUAUAUGACAGUAGUGGAGCCAGCAACUGGCAGAAAAUGGCUUGGAAGGACUGGUUUAAAAACCCCAGAUUUUACCUGGUUGCAGUUCUCUACAUGUCGACGCGGCUCUAUGUGAAUGUGAGCCAGGUGUACCUCCCUCUGUACCUGUACGAGGCACAGAAGCUCGACAAGGACUUCAUCGCACGUGCACCACUCAUCGUCUUCGUGUCGGGAUUUCUUACGUCGCUGCUAAUGAGAUAUACAAACGACAAGAUUGGGCGAAAGAUGACGUUCCUGUUGGGUGCAUCCGUUGGAAUGUCACUGUCAGCCUGGAUAUACCAAUACAAUCUUGGUUACCAAAUAUAUGGGGUCGCUAUUGUUCUUGGUAUCGCAGCUUCAACGAUGCUCGUCACCUCACUAUCCAUGGUGGCAGACCUAAUUGGUGUGAAUGUCGAAGGCAGUGCUUUUGUUUAUGGAGUAAUGAGCUUCACUGACAAGCUCUCUAAUGGUGUCGCUGUUAAUGUGAUUCAGAGACUACAUCCCUGCAAAGCAUGCUGCAUUGACUGCAGGUACUAUUUUCGUUCAGUCAUGACAUUUGUACCUGGCGCUGCUGCUGCAGUCGGUGUGAUAACCUUGUUCAUCAUUUGGAUUGCCUUUGAAGAUCAAAUUACUCAAAGAGAAAUGUCUCGAUGUAAUGAGGAAACACGUCCACUGUGCAGCAAUGUGACAGCGGCUGACUGUGCCAGCUAUGAAUCAAACUUGUCGAACCAAUCCAUCUGCGAUGUGAAGUGUGCCGUUGAUGGUCAAGCCUCUGCUUCGACGCAUUAGAAUCGACGAUGAAGACGACAGCUGUGUUUUGUUACGCUAGAGGCUCAUAGGGCCAUUGAGGCCACUAUGUGUAGGCUGCGAAAUCUAAAAAAUCAAAACCUUCCUAUCAUUUUACGCAUUAAAAUCAAAGAUGAAGACGACAGCUGUGUUUUGUUAGGCUACAGUGAGGCCACUAAGGCUGCGAAAUAAAAAAAAAUCAAUUCCUUCCUAUCAUUUUAAUGGUGCUCUCUGUGAGUUGUUUAAAUUAGAUCAGGAGUUAAUGAGACAAUGUUAACAAGUUUGUCUCAUUAACUCUUGAUUGGAUCUAAAUAAGAACAUAUGACAGUCUAGGACACAGAGUAAAUUGUAUAUGAAGUGGUCAUACACCGUGUAUAUCGAUAUCUAGAUCUAAGGCUAUGUGGUCAAGUGCAUAUAGUAAUGACGAUAAUUAACACAAUAUAAUAACAAUAAUUAUAAUAAUAAUAAUAAUAAUAAUACUUGUAUAUACCCGGUGGGAUACACAUGAAUAAUGUGCUCAAAACUAAAUGUGAUACUCUCCAUUCUGUGAUGUGUGGAAAUAUGGGUCUGCUAAAAAUAUAUAAGAAAUGCAAAUGUAGUGCAUACCAUUUACAGUAGUUUUCUCAUGUUGAUCAUGAAAUCUUGCUAUUAGAGAUUUAUAACGUCAUAUUAUUGCUAUUUAUCUAUGUUAUAGUAUCGUCCUAAUACAUUGUUGAGAAAUUGUGGAUUCCAUCGUCAUAAUAGACAGAUGAGCUGACCGCACAAUUCGUUGCUCAUGUAAACCUGUGACAGCAGCCACAGGGAUGUUUAUGGUCUAUAAUAAACAGCCAAACUAUUGUGGAAAAAUUAAUUAAUUGUAACUUACUCGACUUGUUGAACCGGUUGGUUUUCGUGAAGCAUGUUGUGCGAGUGAAAGAAGAAGAUGUAUAUUUGAUACAUUUGUUAUAUGGAUUAAAAUUAUAUAAUUAUAUUUA